GAAAAGGGCGUUUGAUUCAUCCAUUUCCACAGAUCCCGAGCGCGGCAUCAGCACUCUAUCCGAUGGCUCAGCAAGCAUCCCCCCGGCCGUCCGCUCUCCUCGACCUGCCGCCGCCCAACACUGCCUCUGCCCUUAUUCAUGAGAGCGAGGUCGUCAGCAGCGACGUCGAGUCGCCAUUGGGCCAGCACAAGGUGUUUCUCAUCGGCGUGACGGGCGGCACGGCCAGCGGCAAGACGUCCGUGUGCAACCGAAUCAUCACCGAGCUGGGCGACCAGAAGGUGGAGAUCCUCUCGCAGGAUUCGUUCUACAAGGGCCUGGGGCCGGGCCAGGACGCGUCAGAGUACAACUUCGACCACCCUGAUGCGUUCGACUACGACCUCUUCCACGCGUGCCUCAAGAAGAUCACACAGGGGGAGCUGGUGGAGAUCCCCAUGUACUCGUUCAAGACGCACUCGCGGUCGAGUCACGUGCGGCGGCUGGUGCCGUCGCCAGUGGUCAUCACCGAGGGCAUUCUGGUGUUUUAUGACGAGCGAGUUCGCCGGCUGCUCAACGUGAGAUGGCACCCACCGUGGGGAAAGAGAUUGCCGCUAGAGUAGAAGUGCGUGUCUGUGCGUGUCUGUUAUGCAGAUGAAGAUAUUCGUAGACACCGAUGCGGAUGUGCGGCUGCUGAGGCGGAUGAAACGGGACAUUGCCGAGAGGGGCAGAUCGUACGAGAGCGUCCUCUAUCAGUACGAGCGGUUUGUCAAGCCGUCUUAUGGUACGCUGGCACACACGCACACGCGCGUGUCCUGGGUGGAUGGAUGGACGUUGUGUGUGUGUGUGUGUUCCUUCAGACGAGUUCAUAGCGCCGACCAAGAAGUAUGCGGACAUCAUCAUCCCCAAGUGGCCCAACGAGGUGGCCGUGGACCUCAUGGCACAGCACAUACGCAGCAAGCUGCACAUCAACGACGUCAGGAAGAUAUACACGUCGCUCAAAGUCCUGCCAUCCAACUCACAGGUAACCACGCGCAUCUGGUGAUAGACAGAUAAGUUCAUCCGUCUGUGUGUGAUGUGAUGCAUUGAUGCAGGUGCGUCAGCUGCACACGAUUAUCCGCAACCGUCGGUGCCGCCGCACCGACUUCGUCUUCUACGCUGACAGGAUCAUACGACUGGUAUGUACACAAUGACAUCGCCACACAUACAGCAGGGCAUCUCUCGUCUGCGUAUGUCGGUGUGCGGUGGCUGGCUGCAGGUGGUCGAGUAUGCGUUGGGGAUUCUGCCGUUCAAGGACAAGGUGGUCCGCACACCCACCGGCCAGGAGUACAGGGGCAUCAUGGGCGUCGAAUUCCAAAACAAAGUACGUCCGCACAGACACAUAACGAGAUACGUGUACUUGUCUUAGUGCAUGUUGUGUGGUUGCGCCGUUCAUCCCCUUUCUCAUUCAGUUGUGCGCGGUGUCGAUAAUCCGUGCUGGGGAGAGCAUGGAGGCGGGGCUGACGGCCGUGUGCCACGACAUACGGAUAGGCAAGAUACUGCUUCGUUUCAAAGGUAGGUACAUCCAUACCCGCAAACAGCACGGCGCUAAUGAUGCUUGUUGCCUCUCUCAGACACCGAGGACAGCGAGUGGAACUCGUCCAAGGACCGCAACCCAGACGUCAUCUACCUCAAACUCCCGCAGGUACUUUAGGACGGACCUCUACCACACGCGCACACACCCCAUCUCCACACGCUUCUCCUUUCCGUUAUGCAGGAUAUCGAGGACCGUUAUGUGUUGCUGCUGGACCCCGUGUUGGGUCGGGGCUGGUCGGUCAUCGCGGCCACGAGGCUGCUCCUCGCCAGGGGCGUCCCCGAGCACAAAGUCAUCUUUGUCAGCCUUAUCGCGACCCCAGAGGGCAUCCACAACGUGUACAGGUCUGUCUGUCGAGGACGGCCAGAGGAUUCAUGUGCCGCAGCCGACGGAUGCGUGUGUGCGUGUUUGGUCUCUCUCGUUUUCCUGUAGGCAUUUCCCUCAGAUCCAGGUGGUGACGACCGAGAUUGACCAGCGCAUCGAUGAGAAUGUACGUUGACCACACAGACCGGCACCACACACGCAGAUUCCUUUCUGUCUGUCUUGUUUGUCGUCAGGGUUACGCGUUGCCUGGUGUGGGCAACUUCGCCGACCGUUACUUCGGCACUGAGGAGGCGCAGGCCGAGUACAUCGAGGGCGGUGUGGAUGUGGCCAGGAGCAUCUCAGAGGCCUCACAGUCGUCAGAGACCCUGCUGGCGAGCAUGGGUGGCAUGCCCAUGAGGAGGCUGUCGAUCAAGGGAUGAGUUUUGACGAUUGGAUGGAUGAAUGGAAGCUAUGAGGGCCUGGCGCUACAGUAGGAUAGGAUGUGGGUCAUUUUGGUGUGUAGAAGUGAG